CUCACAGGGCGUGGUAAGUAUAUAAAGGGGGCUAGGUGGUCCCCAAAACUGAUCAGAGAUUGUUGGUAUUCCGUCGCUACCACUGGCCAUCAAAUCCAGCGGUUCUUCUUUUAACAAGGAAAUUCCAAAAAAGGGCAACAUGCAGUUCAAAUCAUUCGCGCUGCUGAUGUUCGCGGCAGUUCUGGUGAUGGGUCAGGUAGAUCAAUCCCAACGUGACCGCCAACGCCAAUUGGCUGCUAGUCGACGUACUAAACUGAUCGAAGAAUCACAGACCAAUAGGGCGUCGUCCCCAGUCGCUCCGAAGCGUCGCAUCGUCUCCCGCACUCGAGUAACUCCCGCACCGGCCCUGAGAGCUUCUCCAAGAACAACCGAAGCUCCGGCUACCACACCUGUUCCAGUGACGGAACCGGCUACGGAACCUUCGUUCGCUACCGUACCGACUUUUCCGGCCUUCACCGAUGUGCCACAAGAGCCCGUUGUCCAGGAAAUCCAAAGGCCUGUAGCUGCUCAGGAAGAAGUCAUCCGAGGCGCUCUUCCGUCUCGUCCAGGAUUCCGUCCAGUCCUUCGGCCAUUCGUCGAAGAACAGAACGUAGAAGAGCCAAUCGUUUUCCAGCCUCCUCCGUUCCGUCCAGCUGAGCCGAUUGAAGCGCCCGUUGAAGAGCCACGAAUUGCCGAGCCGGUGCAACAGGAAGUCCAGCAAGUCCGUCAGCGACCCGUUGAGCAAGUCCAGCAAAGCCGUCCUCGCCCGUUGGCUGGACCUACCCGCCAACGCGUCCAACCGACCGCCACGAGGCAAGAGCAACAGGUAGACUUUGAAUUGCCCAGCCGCGCACCUGCCCUUAGCAAGCCUGCCCGUCCGCAGUCGACUAGGACGAGCGUAGAAGCCGAAGAGAGGCCCAAGAAGCCAGCAGUCGAAACGAUUCGUCGCUACCAGUUCACCUCUCCCGAUGGCUCUUUCACGUUCGGCUACGAAAAUGCCGAUGGCUCGUUCAAGGAGGAGACCCGCGGCAUCGAUUGCGUCGUUCACGGUAAGUACGGUUACAUCGAAGAAGAUGGAACUCGUCGUGAAUUCACCUACCAGACGGGCAACCCAUGCGAUCCGAACGCCGUCCCAGUUGAAGAAGCUCCUCUUGAAGAAGAGCCGGUUGUCCAGGUACCAGUCAGAAGACCCAGUAACACACCCCGUCCUGCCGUUAGCCGACCCGUUUCUCGCCCCGAACCGGCGCGUGCUCAACCCGAACGUCCCCAACCUGAACGCGUCCAACCUCAACGUGUCCAACCCGAACGUCCUCAACCUGAACGCGUCCAACCUGAACGCGUCCAACCUGAACGACCCCAACCUGAACGGCCAGAAGCCGCUGAACGCCGCCCAUCUUUCCCCACUUUCCAACAAGCCCAGCAGAACCAACAGCAGGGCAGCGCCAUCGAUGAGGAAGAGCGUGAAAUUCAAGCCGUCCUGAACACCCCUACUCGCAUCAGCCGGCCAGAUGGCAACCGCGAAGAGCCCGUCCCUCAACCUCGUCCAGCUCCUCAACCCCGUCCGGCCCCUCAGCCUCGUCCAGUUGCUCAACAACAGGAAGCCCCGGUUGCACCUCCCCGCCGCCCUCAACCCGGGGUCUCCGUCUUUGAUCAGGAAAUCUUGAACUUUGAUGGCAAACCAUCAGAUGUUGUUCAACUCCAGCCGGCCGCGCCGCAGCGACAGGAAGCCGCUCCUCAGCAGGAAGUCAGCCGUGGAGCUCUUCCAUCUCGCCCAGGUUUCCGUCCAGUAUUGACCCCAGUUGGUGCCCGUCCUGCCCCUCCGGCCGAGCGUCCUAUUUUCGAAGAAGAAGAGCAAGUCUUUGUCCAGCGCAAUGAACAACCAAGACAAGAACGCCCCGAACCUCCCAGGGCUACUGGCCAACGCAGCUUUGCAACUGAGCUCGUUUUCGAUCCCAGGACCAACCAGUUCCAGGCAGCCUCCCAACAGUUCAUCCCGGCUACCCAGGAGGACUUCCGAUUCCGUGAUCAGCUGAUUGCUUUCUCUCCGUCUACCACCCCCCGUCCGGAACAAGUUCGAGAACAGCCCAGGGAACAGCCCCGUGAACAGCCCAGGGAACAGCCCAGGGAACAGCCCAGGGAACAACGGCCGCAAUUCCCUCAAUUGAACGAAAACACGCAGGUCUUCCAGUCUCCAUCUUUCCAGGAACAACGUCCAGUUUUCCCUCAAUUCCAGGCCAAUGUUGGCGAACAGGAACGCUCUCGCCAGGAAGCGGAAGCUCGCCGCCAGCAGCUGGAACAACAGCGUUUGGCUGACGAGCGCCAGCGCAUUGCCGAAGAGAACGAACGUCGCCGUCUGCAGCCGGCUGUUGUCUUCGCCCCUGUACCUCAGGGCGGUCCUCCCCAGGCUCCCCGACUCACCGCCGAGCAGCAAUUUCCCGGCCAGUUCCAGCAGCAGCAGGUCAGGCCGCAGUUCCAGCAACCGCAGGCACCCAGGGUCAUCCCUCAAGAAGCGCGUCCAACUUUCGCUAGCGGACAGAUCGAUUCUUUCUUGAGCACGCUCUAAAAUAACAAACUUUCUCUCCCAACAGAGUUUUAUAAUUAAAAACAUUUUUUUUUGUCUAUUCUUUAUGAUAUCUCGAUUAAUUACCAUAUUUUGUUAUUAUUUUUAUUUUCAUUUUAUUUUUUUUUAUAUAUCUUGUCACCACAUCAUUUUGCUUAUAUUCUUCUCUUGAUAACUUUUGGAAGACAAAAUCUUGGCCGUCCGGAAGCCAUUACGUCACAAAUGGGUUACGCUCUAACCAACUCGGUUUAUGGGGGGAUAUAGAAACCACCAGUCAAGCGACUCAAGUGAAUUGCCGCAAUGACGUUCUCGCAUUUUACGAUGCCGGACACACAAAACAAAGAACGAGAGACCCCACCCCCCUUUGGUUGCCCGUCUUUCCAAGUUGACUCUCUCUCUCUCCUUCGUUUCCAUUUUUAAACAACAAAUGGCAGGAUAAGAAAAAAAAUUCACUUGGAUCGUAAUUGGAAAGUUUGGGCAAACAUCACUCGAAUUGUUUCUAAAAAUCCCUCCGUCUGUUUAAACACCCACGCUCAGUUUUCUCUUAUGAUGAUAAUGACUAACGCAAAACCAUGUAAAUAAUUUGAGAAUACACACACACAUACAUGAUUAUAAA